AUGACCAGCCUCGCGGAUCCGACCUGGCGCACCAACGCCGGUCGCACCGCCACGGAUCCGACCUGGCGCACUGACACCGGUCGCACCGUGCUCCGUCACGGCUUAUUCCCAACAAAACCAAAGAAGUUCUUUCUCAAUCGCCCCAGAGGUAUUGCAACUGGAACUGGAUGUGGCCUUGCCUCCAUAAUUAUUGCAGUCUGUGUAGUUGUAUUUGCCAACAAGUGGAAGAAAGGAAUCCAGAGAAGAAUCCGACAAGCACACUUCAAGAAAAACCAAGGCCUACUCUUGCAGCAGUUGAUCUCAGAUGAAAGCGCCACAAACAAAACAAAGAUAUUCUCCUUGGAGGAACUAGAGAAGGCCACCAACAACUUUGAUGCCGCUCGUGUUCUUGGUCGUGGAGGACAUGGUACAGUUUAUAAAGGGAUUCUAUCUGACCAAAGGGUGGUGGCUAUUAAAAAAUCCAAAAUUGUGGAGCAGACUGAGAUAGACCAGUUUAUCAAUGAGGUUGCUAUCUUAUCUCAAAUCAUUCAUCGCAAUGUGGUAAAGCUCUUUGGUUGUUGCCUCGAAUCCGAGGUGCCUUUGCUGGUGUACGAGUUCAUAUCUAAUGGUACAUUGCAUGACCUUCUUCACAUUGAUGUUAGUGCCAAAUGCUUGUUGUCAUGGGAUGACCGCAUUAGGAUUGCAGUAGAAACAACAGGAGCACUUGCUUAUCUGCACUCGGCUGCUGCAAUACCAAUUUUCCACAGAGACGUGAAAUCUUCUAACAUACUAUUGGAUAGCAGCUUCGGUACAAAGGUUUCUGACUUUGGUGCUUCAAGGUCACUUUCCCUCGAUGAGACUCAUGUGGUGACUAUUGUCCAAGGAACAUUUGGUUACCUAGACCCAGAGUAUUACCAUACCGGGGAGCUAACUGAAAAGAGUGAUGUGUAUAGUUUUGGAGUAAUACUUGUAGAACUUUUGACAAGAAAAAAGCCAAUUUUUAUCAAUGAUCUAGGUGCAAAACAGAACUUGUCCCAUUAUUUCGUUGAAGGAUUACAAGAGGGAGCGAUCAUGGAAAUAAUGGAUCCACAGGUUGUCAAAGAGGCAAACCCGGAAGAGAUUGAUGAUAUUCUCUCACUUGCAGAAGCUUGCUUGAGACUCAAAGGAAGAGACAGACCUGCUAUGAAAGAAGUAGAUAUGAGGUUGCAAUUCCUGAGAACGAAGAGGCUAAGAAAAUGCAAUAUUCUCCCAGCUAGUCAUGAAGAGAUUGAGCCUUUUUUAUGCCCAAAGGUUGGUAAUUCCGAUGCACCAAUGAAUGUUGUCAAUGCUGGUAAUUCAACAUCAAAAGGCACAUCUAGUUGCUAUAGUCUAGACCAAGAACUUUCAUCCUCGGUCACAUUGCCACGAUAAGUAUAUAUGUGCAGUAAUACAAUCGCGUCCUUCCUCGUAUUCAUUUGAAUUACCAUUUAUUUCCUGUGGUGUCAUGUUACAUAGUUCCCUUUAGACGAGAGUAUGUAAUGUAGCUCCGCUUCUUAAUAUUUGCAUAAUAUAUUUGUAGCUCAUGUCAAUUGUGUACAAUUACCUCACAUGUCAAUUGUGUACAAACGAAUAUGCUUGUAAUGAAUAACUUAAGGUACAUCAUUGUACUUGAGUUGCGAUGGUGGAGAAAAACAUAUUUGUAGCAUUUUCAAUAAAUUUUGUCUUAUCAAUUUGUCGUGGAUAUAAUCAUGACAAUAUAUACUACGAGGGUAGGAAUAUAGAGGCAAUCGUAUCUAGCAAAUAGUAUAGGUGCGAGUACACACACAAAAUUAUAUUAUUACGGGCCCUCCCAGUGGAGGUAAUACCCUACUCCUAUGGUGCUCUUAGAUCUUGGCAUAAUGUAUGAUGUUUUAAUGCUCAACCUUCAGCCCAGUGCUUCCCUCCCGGCUUAUAUAGGGUGCGCUAGGAGGUGGUACAUAAUGGUCAAGAGGUAUCCUAGGUAGCCGUUG